AAGCAAUUUUCUUGCGGUUCACAGCAGGUGCUGCAAAACAGAUCCUGUAGGGGAACAAAGUUAAUGGUAAAUUGCUUACAUUGAUACAUGCACAUGUAACUGAGGGAUGUCCAGUAAUGACACAAAACAGGAAGUGAUGUCAUCAUUUUCAUUUCCUCAGUCUAGCCCUAGCUCUAUACCAGUAUGUACUUAGUAACCAAUAUACAUAGUAGUAUGAGGCAUUGCAGAAUUUUGCACUCUGAGCUGCUCGCCAACUGCGUUACAUUCAUCUGGUAAUGUAUGUAUAGUGACAGUAACUGGCAAUAAUUAGAGAAUAGUCUUCAGUAGCAGAGACGUAACAUAAUUAUACAUACAUACAUUACAUCACAUUAUAUGUACACCAUAUCACAUUACGUAUGAAUAAUCACUGACUAACCUGAUGUCAGUGCUGCAUAUUAUAUUAUAAUGGCAUGUAAUAUUGUCAAGACCAAUAGCUGUAGGUUAGAGUAAAUCUGAAAUGGCAACUGUGUAUCGCAUCCGCACAUGUACAUGUACAUUGUAUGGUCACCCAUGUGUAAACACUUUCUCCUCUUGUACUCUGGACUUUCCCAAGUCUGAUCUUGUUGCGCAUGUGCGGAUGAUUUAUAGGACGAUGACACGAGUGAUACAAUACGCAUGCGGGAUAGACAUGAGUGAUGAUGUAAUGUACUUGGACUUAAUUAACCCUCGGCGCGCAUGCGCAGCGAGGGUUCUGUAGUUGGGGGUGUGUGUGUGUGUCUGUUACUCUACAUCUCACCUCUCGAAUGUCUGUUCGUCCCAGAAACGAUUCCAUCUACCCAACGGGCGACGAAGGCAAUAGACUACUGAGUGAAACCUCGAGGGACGCCGUCGCACACUCUCUCACCUCUCCUCCGUAUUCCAAAGCCGAAAACCUGUUACCUUCACCGCGACAGACCCUGUUUUUGAUGGGGGUUCACGGACUGUGGAGUAUUAUAUCGCCUGCAGGACACACGGUACCACUCAGCAGGUUGGCAGGAAGGACUCUAGCAGUUGAUCUCAGUGGAUGGGUGUGUCAGGCUAUAAAGGCUAAGAGUCUGGCACAGAAAGUGCAGAAGCCACAUCUGAGAAACCUGUUCUUCCGUGUGUCGACGUUGUACCGUCUCGGAGCUAGUCUGGUGUUUGUUAUUGACGGGGAAGCCACCCAGUUGAAGUGGGGUACGCUGGACAAGAGAGAGGGGAGGGGGGAGGAGAGGAGGAGGAGGACUGGUCGAAGGACUAUACUCCAGUCUUAUGUGAAUGAGUGCUGUAAUCUACUGGACAGUCUUGGAGUCCCAUACAUCAGGAGUAAAGGAGAGGCUGAGGCUCUCUGCUCCAUUCUCAACUACACCGGCAUGGCGGAUGGUGUUCUAACCAAUGACAGCGAUUCAUUUCUCUAUGGUGCUACUACUGUCUACAGAGACCUCCAUACAACAGAGAGGAGUCCAACUGUGGAGUGCUACACUAUGAAGGCCAUACAUGAAAAACUGGCUUUGAAUCGAUCAGACCUAAUUGCACUGGCUCUUCUGCUUGGGUGUGACUACUGCCCUCAAGGUGUUGUGGGAGUGGGUAAAGAGACGGCUCUCCAGUUCCUGAGGGCCUCCAAGUCAGGUUCCCAGUCCACCUCCGAUGUCCUGGACCAGUUCCAGGAAUGGAGGAACGGCUCCAUCACAGAAGAUGACAUUGAGAGCAAAAUUCAGUUGACAGUGUUCAGGAAAGCGAUGAGUUCUCCCAACUUUCCACAGAAAGAGGUGGUAAGAGAGUUUCUGCGGCCACCGGACCUCCCCUCAUCAUCGUCUCCUUCGUCACUGGCUGGUGAUGACACUAGACUCAGACACUGGAGACAACCACUGCUGCACUCCACACAAGUGAUGUGCCAUCACCAACCCCAUGGCCGCUGGAGUACACUGCUAGAAGAUGGU